GAAGAAAUAGCGUUUGUUCACCAUGAUCGUCGCUGUUCCAAAAGACUUGGAUUUCUUACAUAUAAUUUACUGUCUUCGUCCACUCAUUCAAAUGACGAUUGUUUUUCUAGUCUUCAUCUAUAUCUCCUGGUAUUUAAUAUUAUUUCAGAAUUUACAAUUGAAAUGAUAAUGGGCCAAGUAAUAUCUUCAACCAUCCAACCAGCACUGAAUACGCGAAGAGCAAGAAACGUUCGUCAACGUCAAUCCGUAAAUGUCAUUGAUCACUGUCUGGAACUGCUUCGAUAUGAACAUAUCAUUCGAAUUGGGGAUAUG